UUGUGUAUGUGCUUGUGCUGUGUAACUGCGUGUGAAUGUGGGUUAUUGUGUGAUGUAUAUUACUAUAUUUUUAAUUUUGUCUUUAAAAAAAUUUUUAAUUUUUAAAACGCCAUCUGCUUGGGCAAAGUAUAGUUAGUAGUUACUGAAUUUACGAAACGUCAAAAAACGAGUACGGGGAUAUCAGUCGGUAAAAAUAAAGAGCGCAAACAUGGCGAGCAAAAGUGUCGCCCGUUUGCUCCAAAAUUCAAGUAAAUUAAACUGCAGAUCAUCAUCACCCGCGGCCGUUGUCUCCGCCAGGAGUUACGCGAGUUGGGAGCCCAAAGACAAGGAAACCCAUACUGGCCAGAAAUUCGAGCCCAAUGAUUAUCGCCUUGUCAGAUUCGUUAAUAGACCAAAAGAAGUUAAUCCUAACUGGGGAAUAAAAUUGAUUGAAGAAGUACCUCCUCAGUCAGAAAAAUCAAGGAUUGUAUCAUGUGAUGGUGGUGGUGGACCACUGGGACAUCCUAAAGUUUACAUUAAUUUGGACAAACCAGGUAAUCAUUCAUGUGGGUACUGUGGGCUCCGGUUCUACAAGGAAGAUCAUCACCAUUGUUGUUAAAAAUUUUAAUUCAAUAAUGUAGUUCAUGUAAAUGCGAUAACUGCAAAGUUUAACACAAAAAGUUACCGUUUGAUUUAAACGAAAAUUUAUGAAACGUAAAGUACUUGUUUAUAAAUAAGUUUUAAGUUAAAUGA